AUGUUCACUGCAAUAGACGGAUCUGUUCUUGAUCGAAUCUACAAAAACAUUGUACCUCGAAUUCUUCCUGAUAUUCACAAGCUCAUCGUAGAUCAAUACUCAGUGAAAAGAAUUCUUCAAACUACCAGUUUUCCUCAACUCAACUCGCUUUCGCUCGUUAACUUCGAGAGCACAAAGAUUCUUCGAAUUUUAAAGAGUAAUGGACUCCAUUGUAUUCUAACUCAUCAAAUCACAAAUCUGGAUGUCGAUAUUCAACCACAUCGAAAAGAGGACUUGGAAAUUCGAUCAGAAAUAUUCAACACAAUUUUAUCUAUAUGCAAACGAUUGAUCAAUUUAAACUUUUGUCAAUUGUACCGCUAUCGAUAUUUAUCAACUAUUAUCGACUGUUAUCCACGAAAGGGUUGCAUAUCUUCAACUUUAACGAAGUUGAAAAUAAGUGUUGAAAGUUUGGAAGACUAUUUAACUGUUCUUAAUGGUGAUCUCUACUGUUUAUCUACGUUAAUUAUUAAUAUAAAGCACAUCCGUUACUCAUUAUCCGAAUCUGGGACUCUGCCAAUAUUACCGAGCUUGAAAUGUUUUUCACUAUUUUCACUUGAAUCCACAUACUAUUAUGAUAGAGAAGUGAUACCAUUACUUCAUCGAAUGAUAAAUCUCGAAGAGUUAACAUUAUUUUUAUAUGCAGUUAGAUGGCAAUCAACUUUUAUCGAUGGUGUGCAAUUACAAGAUCAGAUUAUUAUGCGUUUACCACAAUUGAACAAGUUCACGUUUAGUAUAUAUACGACUGAUUGCUGUUACAACAAGGAUGUUAAUUUUGAAUUUCAGCCCAAUAAAGAUCUUGGACGCAGUUUUACUCACAAAAUAUUCCGUCAAGUUGCCUCAUAUGUUCAUAUUAAUCGGUUAGGAACGGGUGGUGAUUCUCAUGUGUAUUCACUUCCAUAUGAAUUCGAAGAUUUUAUCCAUUUGAACAAUUCAUUUCCAGGCGGUAUGUUUAAUAAAGUUGUACGUUUGAAAAUGUUGGAUGCGUUUCCUUUUGAACACACAUUAUUCAAAACUGUAUCUGAUAGCUUUCCACAACUCAAACAUCUAAUCAUCUGGAACGAUAAACCACAGGAGAGAAAACAUUGUUCAUCGGUAUUAAAUGUAUUUCCUCAUCUUAUUCUUCUUGAUCUGCUUGGUGCACACAUGAGUUAUGCAGAAGAAUUACUUUACAAUACAAACAGUAUUCUACCUCGUUUACACGAUUUGCACAUUCAAUAUGAAUCACUACGGAUGAUUACAAAUAACUUUACUAUUGAUGUGGCAUGUCUUAACUGCAAUAAGUUGAGAAAACUAAAUCUAAACGAAGUAACUGUUUUACCGGAAAAUUUUCAUCAAUAUUUUCCUUUAAUAUAA